AUGGCACCCAAGAAGGACGCUAAGGCUCCCGCAAAGAAAGCCGAACCUGCGCCCGCACCUGCACCAGCACCAGCGCCCGAGCCAGCUCCUGCUCCCGCAGCUCCCGCUGUCGACCUUUCCGCCAUCAAGGUGGAAUUCAGCGCAGACCAGAUUGAAGACUACAGGGAGGCCUUCGGUCUGUUCGACAGGGUGGGUGACAACAAGGUGGCUUACAACCAGAUUGCUGACAUCAUGCGCGCUCUGGGACAGAACCCCACCAACAAGGAGGUGAACAAACUGCUGGGAAACCCUUCUGCUGAUGACAUGGCCAGCAAGAGAGUAGAGUUUGAGGGCUUCCUGCCCAUGCUCCAGGCCAUCAUCAACAGCCCAAACAAGGCAGGAUUUGAAGACUAUGUUGAGGGUCUGCGCGUCUUCGACAAGGAGGGCAACGGCACAGUGAUGGGUGCUGAGCUGCGUAUUGUCCUGUCAACACUCGGAGAGAAGAUGACAGAGGCUGAGAUUGACGCUCUCAUGGCAGGACAAGAGGAUGAGAACGGCUGUGUCAACUAUGAGGCCUUCGUCAAGCACAUCAUGUCUGUGUAA